GCAGGGCCGGCUGCCUCCCGGUGCUGCAAUGUCCUCAGCCUGCUCGGUCAUCACGUGAGGGCUCAGGGGCAGGGCCAAGGCCAAGGCCGGGCAGGGUGAGAAGACAGAGCCCUUCUGGAGGUGCCCUGAGAAAGGAUCCCCAGGCAGGCUCUGGUCAAGGCCAAGACGGAGGCAUCCUACUGCCCGAACCAGAUGCUGAUCUCCUGUUACUGGAAACAGGAAUUAACUUGUCUGUUUGAGGAUGUGGUUGGUUGGUUCUAAAAAAGACCCGCAAGAAAUUUGCACAUAGACUGCCAACUUCAUUAUGCAGCGGACAGCUUCUAGCAAAAGGAGGACGCUUUUAACCAGAUAUUUCACUCGCUCCAAAAGUCUGGUGAUGGGGGACCAGAGCCAGAGCCCUGGAAGGCCACCUUGUCCACAAAGGCUUGGCCCCGUACUAAAGGCAGGCUGGCUGAAGAAGCAGCGGAGCAUCAUGAAGAACUGGCAGCAGCGCUGGUUCGUGCUGAGUGGGGACCAACUUUUCUUCUAUAAGGAUAAAGAUGAGACCAAGCCCCAGGGAUAUAUUACUCUCCAAGGGACCAAAGUGACUGAGCUUGUUCCUGGCCCAGAAGACCUUGGGAAGUACUUGUUCGAGAUCAGCCCAGGUGGUGCCAGGGAGCAGGAGAAGGUUUCACCCAACCCGGAAGCGCUUCUGCUCAUGGCCAGCUCCCAGCGGGACAUGGAGGACUGGGUGCAGGCCAUCCGCCGGGUCAUUUGGGCCCCGCUUGGUGGAGGUACAGCUCGUAGCUCGCAUGCUCACCCUGUAAAACCCCUACCUACAGGGAUCUUUGGGCAACGCUUGGAGGACACGGUCCAUCAUGAACGAAAGUACGGCCCCCGCCUGGCACCCCUACUGGUGGAGCAGUGCGUGGACUUCAUCCGGGAGCAUGGCCUCACUGAGGAGGGUCUCUUCCGCAUGCCGGGCCAGGCCAACCUGGUGCGAGACCUGCAGGACUCUUUUGACUGUGGGGAGAAGCCUCUGUUUGACAGCUCUACGGAUGUGCACACUGUGGCAUCCCUGCUGAAGCUCUACCUCCGGGAGCUCCCUGAGCCCGUGGUGCCUUUUGCCAAGUACCAGGACUUCCUGAGUUGUGCCCAGCUGCUCACCAAGGACCAGGAAGAGGGGACCCUGGAGUUGACUAAACAAGUGAGCAACCUUCCCCUGGCCAAUUACAACCUGCUCAGAUAUAUCUGCAAGUUUCUGGAUGAAGUUCAGGCCCACUCAAAUGUCAACAAGAUGAGUGUCCAGAACCUGGCAACUGUUUUUGGGCCUAACAUACUUCGGCCACAGAUAGAAGACCCGGUGACCAUUAUGGAAGGCACUUCCCUGGUGCAGCACCUGAUGACCGUGCUGAUCUGCAAGCACAGCCAACUCUUCACCAACCGGGCUUCUGAAGGACCUGCCUCCCCAAGGGAAGGCCCUCCUUGCUCGGUGGGGUGGGGCUCUGAGGCCAUCACAGGGCCCAGUAGCCCCAGUUCCUCCAGCUUGUCCUCACAUCGGACCUCAUCUCUGGACAAAGCCACCGUGGCAGCACUCUCAAGGACCUCUCCCUCGGGCCUGGGUGGCCGGAGUAGUUCCACUGUCCCUGGGAAGAAGGUGCAGACCCUGCCCAAUUGGAAAUCUUCCUUCCGGCAGUCAGGGUCCCGAACAGGGAGCCCUAAAGUGGGCACCUCCUCCUCCCUCGAGGUGCCCAUCAUCUCUUCGGGCGGGAACUGGUUCAUGAACGGGCUGUCCUCCCUGCGUGGCCACAGACGGGCCUCAUCAGGGGACCGACUCAAGGACACAGGGUGUGUGCAGAGACUAUCCACCUAUGACAACGUGCCUCCUACCAGUUCCUUCCCCAGCACACCCAGCAUGUCCAGCACAGCCUGGUCGAUAGCCUCCUCCUGUGGGGCCUCUGUUGGCGGCUCCAUCAGCAGCUGCUCCGUCUGCCGAAACAGUGACUCAUCUGCCUGCAGCUCCCUGCACACCAAGGGGCCCCUGGAGCCUUCCCCCUUCCCCAGCAGCAAUGAGGACCACCGGACCCCGGAUCUGGGCCACAGCCUGGAUGAGGCAGGCACAGGCUUCAGCAGCAGCCAGACCAGUGAGUCAGGCAGUCCUGCCCCGGACCGGGCCCAGCACUCAGAGGCAUUGCACAGCUUGGUCACGGAGCUCAGGGCAGAGCUGGGCCGGCAGAGGACUGAGUACCAGAUGAGUGUGAAAAGACUGCAAGAAGGUAGUGCUGAACUAAGAAAACACAUGUGCCAGUUGGAGGAAGAACUGGACCAGGAAAGGAAGAGGUACAGCAUGUUGGAGAUCAAGCUGAGAAAUGCUGAGCGGGCACGAGAGGAUGCGGAGAGAAGGAACCAGCUGCUGCAGAAGGAGAUGGAGGAGUUCUUUUCUACCCUGGGAAACCUGACUGUGGAUGCAAAAGGUGUCAAAUCCCCACAAUGAAGGGGAUUGCUAUGCUCUUUUUAGCUCACCUGUCUCUGCAGAUGUCCCAAACCAGACUGCUGGGCUUAGGCCUUCAGGUCACUGGUUCCAGAGCCAGCUGGAGACGCAUCCUGGCCACGCAUACCUUUUCCGAGGUCCCCACACCUCACACAGGUUCUGGAUUCUGCUCCAUCAGAGAGGUACCGAGAAGCUGUCAGAAUAGUGCCAGAGUCACCAAAACAGAUGCUACUUGGGGUUCCUGCCACCCUCCAGGAACCCUUGUGUUGUUUAUUAAAUUUUCUUCAAAAGCAA